GAAAACUAAAUCCUAAUCGUGAAAAAUCUGAUAAAAAAAUAAAGUCAUUGGUUAGAAUAUCUAAUAUGAAUGAAUGGAAAUGGCCAAUAGACAGACCAUUUGCAGAUUUCAUACAAACACGUUCAUUGCCAAAUAUAG